CCUCCCCCCCCCCCGCCUCCUCGCCCUCCGCCUCCUGUUCGCUUCGCCCUCUCUGCCUGUCUCACUCUUUCCUCCUGUCGGCGCAUCAUGAGCUCGCUUCAAUCCCGCCAAGCGCGGCAGAACAACCGCAUUCUCUUCGUCAAGUAUCUUCCCUUUGAUGUGUCCUCCAAGACCCUGUACGACCUGUUCGGCAAGUUCGGGGCAAUCCAGCAGAUCCGUCUUGGAAACUCCCCGACCACCCGUGGCAAUGCAUUCGUCGUUUACGAGAUCCCGGAUGACGCGAACCGCGCCAUGGCCAAGCUCAAUGGCUACCAGCUGAGCCACCGCUCGAUUACCGUCCUCCCGUUUGUCCCCUCGCGCGUGUACAAGAAGGCCGACCUGGAUGCCCGUCGCGCGCGGCUCGACGCGGUGGCCGAGUCCCACGGUGUUCAGACCGACGAUCUGGAGGCCUAGGCGGAACGCCUGGCGCGGACCCGGCCCUUCCCAGGCCUGUGCAUCCUCCACGCCCGAACCCCACACCCCUCCCGAGCCUGUUUCCCUCCCCUCCUUCUCUCCUUCUCUCUCUCUCUGCCGCUCCCGGAGUAGGGCGACAGUGUUGCCCUAGCCGCCCGGUCACCGAGAGAGGGCUUUGUACCAUAGAUCCAGAAUACAUCCUGUUUUUUCCACACACACACACACAUACACACG